AUGUUUACAAGACGUCGAAAGAGUAGCUCAGAUGCUUCCCUUCUGUCACCAAAACGUAUACGUGUUAAUGAGGCAAGCGAAGAUGGAACAUAUCCUCCCUGUUUACCUUCUAUUCCCUGCACUUUCACACCACUUCCUCUAACUCCGGGACCACAAGACGACAAUCUUACAGAUCCCGAAUAUUUAUCAUACAACACUGACAACACGUUUACAAAAUCCGAUACCAACGCACCCACAAACCGAUCCCAUGGAACUGACGUUCCUACCAAUAGCACCGAUAAUAGCAGUAACGAAUAUUCGUCAGUAGAGGACACUAUAGUUCCGGGAGCUUUGCUACUUCAAACCGACUCUGAUGCUACUCCGCUAUUGACCGAAGAGGAAUAUUUGUCAUUGCGCCGGGCUGCCCAGAAAAAAGGAACCGCAAACUUUAUCAAAGAAUAUUUGUUUGAUAAGGCGAUGCCCAUUACGCAUCUUUUAUAUGCCUUUGAUGCUCAACCACCCCAAAAUCUUGUCAACGCAUCCGAUAUCCAAUUAAUUCCUAUUUUACACAAAGCAGUAUCAAAAUUUCUUCGACAUAGAAAGAAAUUGGACCAUAUCAACACUUUAGAGGAUGUCGUAAGAUUACUAAAGGAAUCCAAGAACAUAAUGGUUCUCACUGGCGCAGGUGUUUCGGUAUCAUGUGGAAUUCCUGAUUUUCGAUCCGAAAAUGGUAUAUAUUCAAGAUUAUCCGAAUUCGAGCUAGACGAUCCUCAAGACAUGUUUGACAUUAAUUAUUUCAAAGAGAGACCCAAAGUAUUCUAUUCGUUUGCAAAGAAAAUUUAUCCUAGUAAUUUCAAACCUUCUCCUUCACAUUAUUUUAUAAAAUUGCUGGAGGACAAGCAAAAGCUUUUGCGUAAUUAUACUCAGAACAUUGACACUUUGGAACAAUCAGCGAACAUUAACAACAUUCUGCAAUGUCACGGAUCGUUUGCACGUGCCACGUGUGUUAAAUGUGGAUACAAAGUCGAUGGUCAUAUGAUUAAAGACGAUAUCCUUAAUUCGCGUGUUCCAUAUUGUCCUCGCUGUCCACAAAAUAUGUCUCCUAAUCACAACCCAGCUUUAAUGAAGCCGGACAUUGUAUUUUUUGGUGAGAAGCUCCCAGAUGAAUUCGAUCAUUUCUUUCCUUUGGAUCGGGAGAAAGUUGAUUUACUUAUUGUAAUGGGGAGCAGUCUGAGAGUUGCUCCUGUAAGUGAAAUUAUGGGACAGAUUCCUCAUGAUGUACCCCAGAUCGUAAUUAACAAGACCCCGAUAGGACAUAUGGAAUUCGAUGUACAAUUAUUGGGCGAUUGUGAUACAAUUGUAGCCGAGUUAUGUAGGUUAUGCGGAUGGGAGCUGAAACAUGAGAAGUUGCCUAAUGGAUCUAGUAACAAUUGUACUGAUGCCAAGUUUGAGUUUUUAAAACCCUGUUGGUAUCUAUUUGAGGGUGCACAAGUGUUGCCUGAUGAAGAUGCAUGUAGAUAUGUGUAA